AGAUGUUGAUUAUCAUAUUGUAGUAGUAUGAAUGUUAUUUUCAGGGAUUUAAGGUUGUGGUUAGGUUUAAAUGGUGUUUUAUGUGUGGUAGUGUUGAGGGUGUGUGUCAGCUGUGUACUGGACGGUCUCGCCCUCCACCAUAGAUAUAUUUUUCGUCUUUAUUCACGUUUUUUGGACCACUUACAUAUACUACAUCAAACUGAAAACAGAAGUUUUAGGGCACCAUGGAUUGCCUGGAGAGGCUCCUGGGCAAGCUGCCUCCAGUCCUGCCGAGCCUUAAAGAUCAGAUCGAAGAAUAUCUCCUGACUCCUGAGGAACUACCCAUCCACGACCCCAUUUUUUCCCGUCGGUGGUUUCCCAGGAAACCGGAUCCCACUCGCCUGUAUGAUAUUUCUCUGUUACCCCCAAGUACAUGUCUUGAGGUAGAGCGCGACCCUGCUACUGGUGAGAUCACGGGACUGCGUGAAGUGCCAAACAAAGAUGCUGGAGCCACGGCUAAAAACUCGCUGUCCAUGAGGCGCGCCCCUGGACCUCCGGAGGAGACUGUCAGGGGAUCCUCUACUAACUUCCCAUUCUGGCCAGGAGGAUUCCCAGAACCAGUUCUGGAUAAAGAAUCAGUUGAGGCAGAGUUUCAGUUAGAUAGUAAUAAUUAUCUCUCACACCACCCAAAACUCUCCCGAGGAAUGAUCUUUGAGGUACCAAAACAGCUGCCCGAGAAAGAGGAGAAGCCGACAGAGAAGGCACCUGAGCUAGUUGUGAGUAUAACGGACAUGCUGCAGGUGGAUGAGAGUGUACUCAAGAUCUUUGAUGAGAAGGAGGAAAAGGUAGUAAAGAAAGAACUUAUAUUAACUUUUGAAAACUUGAAUGAAGAAGAUACUUCACUUGUUAAAAAUUUCAACAUAGAACCUCCUCCGAAAAAAGAUGAAUUUGUAUUGAAUAUCAGUGACGCCUCGAGGUCUUCAACUAUAGUGGUGAAGAAUACAGAGUGGGCCGAAAAUAUUGACGUUAAUGAACCAGUUGACGACUUUAACUCGCAAGUUCCUAAUCCUGCUUGUAAGUAUCCAUUUGAACUGGACACUUUUCAGAAGCAAGCAAUCCUACAUUUGGAAAAACACGACUGUGUAUUUGUUGCUGCACACACUUCAGCCGGCAAGACGGUGGUGGCAGAAUAUGCCAUUGCGUUAACUUUAAAGCACAUGACAAGAGCAGCUUAUACCUCUCCCAUUAAAGCUCUUUCAAAUCAGAAGUAUCGAGACUUCAAAGUAAAGUUUGAUGAUGUGGGCCUCUUGACUGGCGACAUUCAGAUCAACCCAAAAGCUUCCUGUUUAAUCAUGACAACUGAAAUUUUGCAAUCUAUGCUUUACAAUGGUAGCGAUCUUAUAAGAGAUUUAGAAUGGGUAAUCUUCGACGAGGUUCACUAUAUCAAUAAUGCUGAAAGAGGACAUGUUUGGGAGGAGGUGCUCAUCAUGCUCCCCAGUACUGUGAAUAUUGUGUUGUUGUCUGCCACUGUGCCCAACACAAUUGAAUUUGCAGAUUGGAUUGGCAGGAUUAAGAAGAGAAAAAUAUACGUCAUUAGUACCAGCAAGCGUCCCGUACCUUUAGAACACUUCUUGUACACCGGCACGGGAGGUAAGAGCAAAGACGAACGCUUUUUGCUGGUAGACGCUAAUGGUAGGUUUAUCAACAAGGGUUACAAUGAUGCCGUGGCUGCAAAGAACGAAAAGAAGAAAGGCCACACGCUGCAGGGACCAAAGCAGGGCCGGCAACACAUGGGAGAGAAGCAAGAGAAAAAUAUGUGGAUUGGUCUCAUUGAUCACUUAAGUAAGAGAGACUUGCUGCCGAUCGUAGCAUUCACUCUGUCUAAAAAGCGGUGUGAUAGUAAUGCUACUCAGCUGAUGAGCCAAGACUUGACGACAAAAAGGGAAAAGGGAGAGAUCUUUUCAUUUAUUAAAAAGUGCACAGACAGACUUCAGGGGACAGAUAAAGAGCUGCCUCAGGUGAUUUACAUGAGAAGUUUACUACAAAAAGGUAUUGGCAUUCACCAUAGUGGUAUUCUUCCCAUCCUUAAGGAGGUUGUAGAAAUGCUGUUUGCCAAAGGCCUUGUAAAGCUUCUGUUUGCGACAGAAACCUUUGCAAUGGGUGUAAACAUGCCUGCAAGAUGUGUGAUAUUUGAUUCCAUCAGAAAACACGAUGGAAAAGCAUUUCGGGACUUGGUACCCAGCGAGUACAUCCAGAUGGCAGGGCGUGCUGGUCGCAGAGGCUUGGACUCGACUGGAACAGUCAUCAUUCUUUGUAAGAACGAAGUACCAGAGUUGUCUGAACUUCACCAUAUGAUGUUAGGGAAGCCUACAAAAUUGGAGUCACAGUUCAAGUUGACAUAUUCUAUGAUCCUGAACAUUUUGCGUGUUGAGAGCAUCAGCGUGGAGGACAUGAUGAAGAGGUCUUUCUCUGAGGUUCUGAAGAUGGCUAAUGAGAGUAAGUAUGAAGCAGAACUAAAACAAGCAGAAGAGAGACUCGGUAAAGAGCCAGAAUUUGAAUGUAUGAUGUGUAAAGACAUAGAAAAAUAUUAUGCUUGUGCUAAGGAGUAUGAAAGGCAGCGCAGGUAUGUCUAUGAAAACGUGCUUGGGUUUCCCGGUGUCAUGAAGACGAUGACUCCAGGGAGGAUUGUCAUCAUAUGCUUUAACCAGUAUCAAUUUCGCCUGGCAUGUUUGCUGAAAAUUGAUGUGAAAGAUAGAAAUAAGCUGACUGUGCUUAUCCUAAAAGAUGGAAAAGAAUCCAGUUCCUUGACAAAAGAACAACUUAGGUUAAAGGAAGCCGUUGCAGCUAGUCAGGUAGAUUUUGAUAUAUUGGAAAACACGUCAGAACACGCAUCAUUGGAAAUGACUCCUCAGCAUUUAGCAGCUAUCACAAACAAAGUGAUCAAAGUGAAUGGAGAGAAAGUAAUUGACAACAUCAAAAAACGACAAAUCCCACGAUUUAGAGAUGAUCCACCUUCACCGUCUGUUAUGGGCGUGAUUAAUGAAUUGCAGCGUCUGAAUGAGUCUGGUGGAGAGAAUCUGUCCUAUCUCGACUUGGUAAAUGACUGUGGAGUUAGGGACUUGGCAGCUGUCACUGAAAUUGAUAUCCUUAAAAAUCUAAAACUAAGAGUUAUGGAACAGUCUUGUCUAGAGUGCACACAGUUCAGAGAGCACUUUGGUAUUACCUUCGUAAAGUUGAGCCUUCAAGAGGAAAUUGGUCGUCUCAAGUUCCUCAUGUCAGAAGAGGCACUACAGCUCCACCCUGAGUACCAGAUGAGAAUCCAAGUGCUCAAAAAGCUUGGAUACAUUGAAAAUAACAAUACAGUAACACUUAAAGGUCGAGUGGCCUGUGAGAUGGGUAACCAUGAACUGAUGGUGACUGAACUUGUCCUUGAAAAUGUGUUUGCUGACAGUCCAGUUGAAAUAAUUGCUGCACUGUUGUCCAGUAUGGUCUUCCAACAAAAGCAUUGUAGUGAUCCAAAUCUGACACCAGAACUACAAAAGGGAAUAAAACAGUUCCAGAGUGUGGCCAGUCAUAUUGGAGAGGUACAGAAGGCGUGUGGCCUGCCAGAGGCUGUUGGUGAUUUUGUAGAGCAGUUCAAUUUUGGCCUGACAGAAGUAGUGUACGAGUGGGCUCAUGGGAUGCCAUUUAAUAAGAUAAUGGAGUUGACAGACGUGCAGGAAGGAAUCACCGUGAAGUGCAUCCAGCGGUUAGACGAGACAUUUAAGGAUGUCAAGAAUGCCGCCCACCUCAUUGGUGAUCCGAACCUUCGGGAAAAGAUGGAGGCUGCCUCCACAGCUAUCAAGAGGGACAUUGUAUUUACGCCCAGCUUGUACACUCAGUAACAAGUGAGUGCUCUUAACUGCUUUCAGACUUAUGAGCUUGCUAUAAAACCAUUUCUGUGCACAAGAGAAUUCUCAUUUUUAUAGCCUCCUGUGCCAUGUAAGACUUGUAAAAUUGUAAAAAAAAAAUCGUGCCAGAACCAAAGAAUCGUGGAAAUUAAUGGUAAAUAGCAUUAUUUAACCGGUGAUAAGUGAUGGUCAGUGUAAUAUAUCCAGCAUCAGAGCAGUUAUGUAUACUGGACUAUAUGAUCAUAAUCAACAUUAUUAUUUAUUCAUGACACGAUGUUCUUGCUACCGGUGACGCCUACAUUACAUCAGCCUUGUUAUGUUUGGGCGUACUUCACUAUGACAUGUAUUCAAGUACUGUACUGUAUACUUUCCUAUAUCUAUGCACUGUAUAGUUUUACCUGUCAUGCUAUAUACAUCAACUUCAGACACAGGUUAAUGGCCCCUUUAAACCUUCAGCCAGCAAAUCUCCAAAUAUUUACUUAUAUAUAUAUAUAUAUACUGUAUAUAUAUAUAUAUAUAUAUAUAUAUGCUAACUUUUUAUGUGCUUUUUUUUUCCAAUUUGAGACUUUGUUUAGUUAAGUAUAGUUCUGUCAUAUGCAAGGCUUUUAAAAAUGACAGCCCUUAAUUUUAUCUCCCAGUAUACGUAGUUUCUUACAUGGGGUCAAGUAUAAGGUCUUGGUCCCUAGACUUAAUGAAUGCUGUACUGUACCUCUGAUGUGAAAUCUUCUGAAAUCUCUACAAGUACUGUACAUAGUAAAGCAACAUUUCUGUAUUAAAACAUAACCAAACUUUGACAUAACAUGGAAAUAUUUGAUGAAAUUUCGCAGCCGAAAAGAGUCGGCCAAGUCCGGUGUAUUGACAUGAUAUGACAUGAUAAAUGAUUGGCACAGUGUAUCGCAUGACAACCCUUUUGUCUCUUAGGUUGAAAGUCCCGAACAUUACCAACUGAGCAAUGGUGCCCCCUAGAGACCUGCCAUAUGUAUCAUUAUUUCCCCACACCUGGCAAAGGGGAAAAAAUAUUAUCGGUUUUCAGUAAAUAAAAACUUUAAUACUGACAAGAUAUAGGUUAGGAAUUUGCCUGCAACCAUUGAUAUCUCUUUGACCGAUGCUUCUCACAAGAAACCCUUGCCGUAGUUUUUACGUUUUGCUAUUUUCAUUAAUUAAAACGACUAAAACAGGGAUAUAAUUGCUCAAAUUAAAUUUUAAGCUUUGGAAACUAAUACAAUAUCCCUCUUGUGGUGAGGAAGUUCAUCCUUGUUGAACAAGACACUUACAUACAUGGACAGGGAUGGUUGAUUACACUACCUGAUGGUGUCAAAUAAGAUUGGUAGUGUUUUCUCUUCUCCGGCCAGGCCCACACCAUCACAGGACAGGGCUGGGAAGGCUUUAAAAAAUUAUUAUAAGUAAAGGCGAUGUUUAACAAUGGACAUUAUUGUUUAUGAAAGUGCAAUAAAGAAAAUCUGAUGGUAUUGAGUAUAAUAUUGACUAAGGAGCUGUAUAGUUUUUAAUACUAUAAGGAUAGAAAAUUAUGUCAUAGAGGAAGGUGCUGCAUUGAGGUAUUUGUUUAAUUUCUUCCUCAAUUAUUACAGUGAGAAAGACUUAGACUGUAUAAAAUUUGUGGAUUUGCAUUAAUCAUGACAUUAUGAUUUUCACAUGUACUUUAUUUUCAAUAUACCAUUUUCAUGAA